UUUGACAGUUUGGUCUUACUGGAAAAAGGUAAACAAUGCAAAAAUUUCGCAAAAAAUAAUUUAUAUAAUUAAAUAAGUUAAAAACAAGUGCAAAAAUAGUCAAUUGGUGCUAAAGUUGUUAAUAUAUUAUUGCGAAAUAAGACGGCAAUGAUAAGUAAAAGGAUCCUGUAAAACCCAUAUAACAAAGCAAUGAGCGACUCUGACGAAGAUGCACGGGAGGAAGUGCGUCAGAUCAAGCACGGUGAGCUACGAGCGGCUGUAAGCAGCGGAGAUGAGCGGACAGUGCGGGUACUGCUUUCGGCCCUUGGUAGCGAGCGACAAAUAAUAGUCAAUAUGGCUCCUUCGGGAGCGAAUACCCUGCUGUUCAUAGCCUGUCAGUCGGGUUACGAGAGCAUCACCCAGCGACUGCUAGAUGCUGGGGCUGAUGGCCGCUCCCAUGCAGUCACCAAGUAUUCCCCUUUGUACGCCGCCGUCCACAGCGGUCAUUUGGGCAUCGCCCGGCUGAUGCUAGACCGCUUUCCAGAACUGAUUCAACAACCGACUGUCGAGCGCUGGUUACCGCUCCACGCGGCCUGUAUCAAUGGACACAUCAAACUGCUGGAGCUGCUCAUCGGCUACAGCUACCCGGACUACCUCUACCAGACAUAUCGCGACGAGGAGGGCCAGUGGGAAUGGCGGUUGCCCUUUGAUGCCAACGCCCACGAUGUAACGGGUCAGACCAGUCUGUAUAUAGCCAGCAUACUGGGUAAUAAGCAGCUGGUUGGAGUCCUUCUCAAGUGGCAGCUGCACUGCCGACGCACUCUGGGAGAUUCCGCCAGCUCAGCAAGCACUCCCAUCACGCCCACCAGAAAACGCAUUUCGUUUGGCAUUCAGGCCAUCAUGUCUAAGCUGCACAUAUCUGGUGAGUCCGAAGGCCCGGAGGACCAGGCUGCCCAGGAGUCCACAGAAUGCCAGCGGUGUCCCAUCAACGUUAAUCUGCUCUGUGGAGCAGCGAGGGAAACAGCUUUGCUGGCUGCGGUGCGAGGUGGCCAUUUGGACGUCGUGCAGGCGCUGCUGCAGCAUGGCGCAAAUCCGAAUAUCGUGGCUAAGCCUGUGGAGGAUCACAACGACCCCAAGUGCUGCGAAGAGAUCUACGGACUUAGCAAUGUGCCCAUUGCAGAGGCCUGCAAGCAAAGGUCUCUGGCCAUGUUGGAUCUUCUGCUGAAGCAUGGCGCACGCGAUGAUAAUGGCUCAGCCAUCGGAUUGGCAAUUACUGGCGGCGACGAGGCCAUCCUAAGCCGCCUUUUGGCACGACGUGUUCAUCCGGAUUCGGACUACAAGAUCAACAAGAAGGGCCUGCCCACACCGGUGGAAGUGAACGUGUUUUUGCCGUCCACUAGCAACAUAUCCUACAGCGCCAUGUUCCCCAACGUACCCACUAUUAUUGACUGGCAUAGCUUGGGCUCCAGCGUCCAGUUAUCUGUGGUGAGGGUUCCUUGGAUGGUCAGCGGAGUACUGCUGCUGAAUCCGAAAUUACAGUCGCACCCGAAACUCAAUGAGGUUGCUCUGACCGCUAUCACACGGAUUGACUUCUCGCACAACGUUCUAACAACUAUUCCGCAGGAGUUGUUCAAUUUGGUUAGCCUAAAGUAUUUAAAUGUGGCCCAAAACAAAAUCACCGAUCUGCCUGCGCCGACAGGCAAGGCAUACGCCUGUCUUGUUCUCGACGAGCUUUUUCUGCAGGACAACCAGUUAACAACUUUGCCGGCUGCUAUCUUUCACCUUCCCGCUCUUUCUAUUCUGGAUGUUUCGAAUAACAAGCUGCAACAGCUUCCUUUUGACCUGUGGCGUGCUCCUAAGCUGCGCGAACUCAACGUGGCCUUCAACCUAUUGCGAGACCUCCCUGUGCCGCCGAUGCAAACGAGCAGCUCCCUGCUCAGUCUGGACAAGCUGCAGUUGCAAGCCUUUGAGGAGCCGGCGUCGAACAAACCGCGACAUGUCACCCAGCAGCGCCUUACCCAUCGCAAUUUAUGGUCCUCUUCACUGGAGAUAACCGACAACGAUAUGAAGUGGCAGCACGAUCAGGAUUUAGGGGAUGGAAAGACACCUGGCAUGGGCUCUUCCCAGCUAAGCAGCUUGAACAUAGCGAACAACCUGUUCAACAGUAUUCCCGCUGCUUUGCCCUGCCUGGCAGUUAACUUAACCCGACUGAAUAUGUCGUACAACAGUCUACGUUCCAUGGGACAUGUAACAAGCUAUCCAGCCACGCUGAAGCAGCUGGACUUAAGUCACAACGAGAUCUCCUGCUGGCCAAGCUUGCCUCGGAUUACCGAAUCGGACCCACAUCUACUGUGCUACAGUUGUGUUCAGCUGCCAGAAGGUCGCGAGGAGGAGCAAGCGUACAAGACAACAUCCUCGAAGGGCAGUAGCUCCUCAGCCACUUCUUUCCGCGCCUCAGUGCUAAAGAGCGUGUGUCGGCACAGACGUCAUUUACGACUGGAAGCGCUCCGAACUUUGAUCCUCGCGGACAACCUGCUUACCCGCAUUCAGUUGUCGACCGACGACGCCACGACGCUAUUUAACGAGAGCGAGGACGCCGACUGGAGUGUGGUGGGCGUAAACCGUUCUAAGGUCAUAUUCCCCAACCUGUCCAUGCUGGAUAUGACUAACAACUGCCUGAAGGAGAUCCCUCCCUCGUUGCACGAGCUUAGCAGUCUGUCAGUGUUAAACAUAAGUGGUAACGUUAACAUCACAGAGCUACCGCCGCACUUGGGACUCCUCUCGCGUCUUUGGAAUCUCAACACGCGAGGUUGCCUUCUACAGGAGCCUCUGCGUUCCAUGAUCGAGAGCAAAAAGCAUAAGACCAUGGACAUUGUUGGAUAUCUAAAGUCUAUCUACGAAGAUGCUCAGCCUUAUGCGCGGAUGAAGUUGAUGGUGGUCGGUGUGGCUGGGAUAGGCAAGAGCACUCUGCUUGAUUUGCUGCGCCAAGGAGCGGGUUCGGGAUCCAGCUCUAGUUCGCAUCGAUCUCGAGCCAGCGAGAAUCACUGGGCCAAGCGGAUGGGACACGCUCGCAGCACCUCUCGAUCGCACCGUCAUUCAUCCGCCUCCAGUGCAAACAUAUCCACAGUUGGUGUGGACAUAGGAACCUGGAUUUGUGAAAAGCGAAAACGAGCGCCCGGCUCCCACGGACCGGUUGUCUUUCGCACUUGGGAUUUUGGUGGCCAGAAGGAGUACUAUGCAACCCACCAGUACUUCUUGUCAAAGCGGAGUCUGUACUUGGUGCUGUGGCGCAUUAGCGAUGGCCACAAGGGUCUGGCUGAGCUGCUGCAGUGGCUGGGCAACAUUCAAGCAAGGGCUCCCAACUCACCAGUAAUCAUUGUUGGCACUCACUUUGAUGCGGUCGGGGAAUCCAUAUCUCCGCAGCAGGCGGAGCAGCUGCAGCAACUUAUUCGAGAGAAGUUUAUCGCAAUUCCUGACGCGGAAAAAAUUGGACUGCCUCGGGUUAUCGAUUCCAUUGAGAUAAGUUGUCGAACACUGCAUAACAUCCACCUGUUGGCCAACAUCAUUUAUGACACAGCCAUGCAACUGCGGUCUCCCGGUUCCAAAGAGCCCAUGCUGCUGCAAAAGAUCCCGGCCAGUUACAUUGCCUUGGAGGACAUUGUAAAUGUGAUUGCCUGCAAUCUGCGCGCGGCUGGUCGAGAUCCUGUUCUGGACGGCGAGCAAUACAGACGCUUGGUCGCCGAGCAAAUGCGUCUCCAUAACUACAAGAGCUUUCGGGAUGCCGCUGAGCUGCAGCAAGCUACCACUUGGUGUCACGAAAAUGGAGUUUUGCUCCACUACGAUGAUGCCACACUCAGGGACUACUACUUCCUCGAUCCGCAGUGGUUGUGCGACAUGCUGGCCCACGUGGUCACCGUGCGGGAGAUUAACCCAUUUGCUCCCACAGGCGUGAUGAAGUUGGACGAUCUUCAGCUGCUCUUUCGCAGUGUUCAGGUUCAAGGCAACGCAAACCGGAGCUAUAUUGUCAGCUUGUUAAAUAAGUUCGAGGUGGCUUUAACUUGGGACUCCAGGACUCUUUUGAUUCCAUCUCUGUUGCCAUCGCAGGAGGCUGCUACACCGAAUUCGGGGAGCACAGUGAAGCUCUCUCAACGUUCCCGUGGUCGCAGCUUGGGUUGCUCCGUCUCGCAGGAGGUCAACCUCAACAAUCUGAUCUAUGAGCAGAAGUUAGCUGGUUCUUCAGCAUCUGCUUCGGGAACAACUAGUCAGGGAUUGCGGCGCAUUCUGCUGAUGACCUACUUUCCGUCCGGAUUCUGGUCAAGAUUACUCACUCGGAUUUUGGCAGACGAACAGAUCAUCGAGGCUAUUCGUGGCGUCUAUGUGGCUUCAAAAGAUAAGUAUGUGGACUUUGAUUUGCGCACUUCGUUGGAGCAGGACACCCAGUGGAAUCUAUGGCAGACGGGCUUAGCCUUGUACUACGGACCUAUCUUGAUAUUCAAGAUCUGGGAAGUACCCUUUCAAAACACAGAGCGUACGCAACCUUUCCGCACAAAUGGCAACCGCUUUAAGCUGAAAUUGGACGGUAUCUGGAGCGAUUUAAAUCUGUGUUCCUCUAGCAUCCUCGAGGUUUACUUUCCGCUUCAUGAAGUAAGCAUAUCGCAGGAAGUGGAUAACCGGGAACGUCAGUUGCUGGCGGAGCUUCAGCCGCACAUGUCCCAGGUGGCCAAGCUGUUGGCACUGGCAGUCGAUCACAUUGACUUGCUGCUCGAAGACUGGUAUCCCUCGUUGGGAACUCGGUUCGUGCACACUUCGGAGGGUCGUUUCCUAAUCACCCGUUUGGUGUUGUGUCCACGCUGUCUCUGGAAGCUGCAGCUGCAGCACAGUAACGAGCCCGCGGAUCGGGAGCCUCCUCCAAUGGGAUGCAAUAGACCCAGCCGAAGUAGCAAACGGGGAGCAUACUUCCUGCACGGCGUCGGUGAUCCCGGUGAGGAUGGCGCCUUGAACGUGUUCUCAGCCUAUCUGAACGCCACCGCGAGGAGGGAACGAAGAUCGGAGGACUCAUUGGGCGCUGGCUCUGAUGCCGAUUCGGGAGUGGGUCCCGAUUCCGCCGGUUCCUCACGCAACACUUCGGUGGACGGACACCCGGGCUACCACCUGCCCGAUAACUCGAAUGUUUGCUAUGCUUGGAUGAUUGAGGAGUGCAUCUUAUCUGUCUACAAUCAAAGCAAGAUCAGUUGCCCCGUUCAUCUGGAACAGUCGAUGGCUCAGCUAGCCCCGGAUGUCAUAUUCGCCGAUAUACCGGACAAGCACACCAUUCCUUCCGAGUGCAUCAUCAAGGGAUCGCUGCUUGGUCGAGGAGCCUUCGGAUUCGUCUUUAAAGCUAACUGCAAGAUACGGGGUGCCAGAUCCUUUAAACCGGUGGCAAUGAAAAUGCUCCAACCAGUUCCUCCCGGUGCACGGGCCAAGGAGAGCGCUUUGAUUGCCUUCAAAGUGGCUGUGGGCAAGUGGGACCGGGAUCCUUUACAGCACUCCUGCAAGGCCUACUGCACGGCUCGACAGGAAUUGGCCGUACUCCUCACCCUGAAGCAUCCCAACAUUGUGCCCUUGGUGGGAAUCUGUAUAAAACCAUUGGCGCUGGUCCUGGAACUAGCUCCUUUGGGCGGCUUGGACGCUUUGCUUCGACAAUACCGGCGCAGUGGGGCUCACAUGGGCCCGCAUACGUUUCAGACGCUCGUACUUCAGGCAGCAAGGGCUAUUGAGUAUUUGCACCGCAGGAGAAUUAUUUACCGCGAUCUUAAAUCGGAAAAUGUACUAGUCUGGGAGUUGCCGCAGCCCCACACCGAGGACAGUCCCCGGAACCACGUGCAUAUAAAGAUUGCCGACUACGGAAUCAGCAGGCAGACAGCUCCCAGCGGAGCAAAGGGAUUUGGCGGCACCGAAGGCUUCAUGGCACCCGAGAUCAUACGCUACAACGGAGAGGAGGAGUAUACUGAAAAGGUGGACUGUUUCUCAUUUGGCAUGUUUAUAUACGAGAACAUCAGCUUACGACAACCUUUUGAAGGCCACGAAUCCAUUAAAGAGUGCAUCUUGGAGGGCAGUCGACCGGCGCUGACACAGAGGGAGACCCAGUUUCCCACUUGUUGUUUGGAUUUAAUGGUUCUCUGUUGGCACGAGCAGCCACGCCGCAGACCCACUGCGAGUCAGAUUGUUUCCAUACUCAGUGCCCCGGAGUGCAUCCACCUGUUGGAUGUGGUGGCCAUGCCGCAUAGCGAGAAGAUUGUAUGUGGAGUCUUUCAGUCUCUGGUCGGUGGUGGCGAUGACGAACGAUCUGGCAUAGAACUGUGGCUUCCCUCCUUUGGCUCCCGCAUCGACAUCUUGGACUGCACUUCCUCGGGCAGCCUGCUGCAGUGUAACAGUAUCAGUUGCUCACCGCAACCUCAGGUGGCGCCACCCAAGACUCCAGAAAACGGUGCCCACUCACGUGCCCGUUCUGCUCAACGCUCGCCCAAGAUGAACAUGCUGUGCUGCUGCCUGGUGGGCGACGCCAUCUGGAUGGGCGAUGUUUCUGGCAACCUGCACGCUUACAGUACCUCCAGCUACGCCCACUUAUUUUCGUACAUGCUCGAUCCGGCCAUUAAGUCAGCGGUAAUCAGUCUAGUCCACAUGGAGGGCAUAGCUCGCGUGGCCGUGGGCACGCAUAACGGUCGGGUGUUCCUGGUGGAUGCCACUCAAGUGCCCAGCAACUGCGCCUUUGCCGAGGGCUCUUUUGUGCUCACGGAGAUCUGUUCUGGCUUUGUAUUGCACGCUGCAUGCUCAGUUUUUGUGGAUGGAAACUACGAGCUUUGGUGUGGUGAAAUCGCCGGAAAGAUAAAUGUGUUCCCUUUGAACGAGACCGGAGUGUCUGGACACCAGGCUCUGUGCCACAGUGAGGAGCCCAAUUUAAUCGAAGACGUCAAGGUGGCCCGCAUGUGCAGCAACGAUAGCCACGUUUUUAGUUGCCUAUAUCCCGGAUGUAUGGUGUACCAGUGGGGUGUGUUAUCCAAAAGGAUUGAGAACAAGCUGGACUGUUCCAAGCUGCUACCCUGCUCCGAAUCCCUUCAGAGCAUCGCGAUAGAUGAGCACGUGAAUCUGAUAAAGUGCCAGAUUUCAGCACUGGCGGCUCACAACACGGAGCUGUAUAUUGGAACCACCUGGGGAUGCCUGAUCGUGGCUGAGCUGCAUACCCUGCGCCCCAUUAGCGUAUUUCGACCCUAUGAAAAUGAGAUAAAAUCCAUUAUAACGCUUUCCAAUGAGAAGGUGCCACUGAUCGCCACGAUCGGAAGACGGUAUCGCUCGCUGAUCUCACGCUACGUAGAGUCCGCGGAGUCAUCAUCUAUAGGCUCUGCCGUCAGCACUCCCACUCAUGGUGUAUCCAAAUCCGUUCCACCGGCAGAUGUGGACAAUCACAUACAUUGCCUGCUUUGGCGAGCCAAGCAUUGGACAUAAUUCGAUCUCAUUCCAAGUAUUUGUUGACGUAUUUAUUAAUCCACUACCAAUAACAUAAAAUUGUUAAAAAUGGGAAAGCAAUGAGGAAUAGUAGAUUAUUUCCUAGAUUUUGUUUGGGUUAAUUUCUUUGUAAUAUUUGUGCUCUUACAAAAUUAUGGUUUCUUGGCAAGUAAUUGGUGCAAUAUAACUAAUACUGACGCUAUAUCUCAUUCGUACGAGCUGCAACUUUUUGCAGUGGCACAUAAAAACGAUUUUAAACACAUUAAAUGAGCUACCUUAACGAAAAUUCUGCUUAAGAAACAAAUAUUUUGUUAAAGAAGGUAAUGUUUCUAUGCUCAUAAAAUGUAUUUUCAAAGUUCAGGAAUUUACUUGGUUCUAUUUGUGCAAAUAAUACAAAAUAUUUGAGAAGAUUAUAUAUAUUUUUUUAAUUAUACCUUUAGUAUAGCCUUUAAAGAUCAAAAGACAGAAUUGGCAGCAUAUUUAGACAGUCUUAAAGUUUAGUUUUCGCUUAAUUCUUCAGAAACAAUAUAUUUUUAUAAAAAAAAAUAAUUGACAGUAACAUUCCGUCUCGCUUUUGGCAACCUUAAAAUACGAUCAAAAUAAAAUGUUUUUCACAUUAAA